UCAUAAGUAAUGGAGGGGUCCAGUGUGGUUUACUUACCGCCCGCCACCCCGCCUAUCUCCGCUUUCACCAGCACUCGACGUGUCAGGUCGACCUUUUAACUAAACAACAGAAGAACCGCUCUCGUGCUUUGUUUCUUUAUCUUGGGGCCUAUCCCAUCUCCGACGCGCUCUGUUGUCCUGGUUGAAAUCUGCCAUAAGGACAUUCCAAUCUUUCCACCUUUUUUUUUGGUCGCGUCUUAAGUAUCUCUACGGAGCCUCACCCCGCAAAUUCAAAUUCUCCGAGCGUCUUCUGUUCUGUUCAGAGACGAGUCAUAGGUAUGAUCAUAUACCCAAUGCGAGAAGUUUGAUGAUAGGGAUACCUUCCUAACAGAUUUCAUUUUUCCAGGAGGAACUAUAUCUAGACUCCGCGUUUCUCAUAUUCACUCAUAGAUAGCCCAGCAUGGCGCCCCGCGGUCGUGGAGGGAAAUUUUCCAAGCCGUCGAGAGGAGGCGGAAAACACUUCAGUCGAGAUGUACAACCGAUCGAUAAGGACGGUAAUGCUGUGAGCUUAUGGCGGGAACCCGACGCUGACAUCCAAUCCUCAUCCGACGAAGAAGAGGACGAAGAAUCCGGCUCCGAAGAAUCAUCCGACGAAGACGGCCCCUCCGCACAGGGAGGAAACCAACAAGAAAUGACCCGCGAACAACGUCGAGCUCUAGCCAAAGCUAAGAAAGAAGCCGCCCUCGCAAAGAAACGCCAAGUUGCCGCUGCGCCAGGUGACUUGCCUCCCUCCGACUCCGAGUCCGAGGAAGAAUCAGACGGCGAUAUGCCCGCGAACCCGAACCAUACUGCGAAAUCGCGCUCGCAGGCCGCGAAGGGACCAGCUACUGAAGAAGAACCGGCGAAGGCCAAAGCGAAGAGUAGCAAGGAUCUCUCGCAGCUUUCUCGUCGCGAACGUGAGGCUAUUCAGGCGCAGCAGGCGCGCGAGCGGUAUAUGAAACUCCACGCGGAGGGCAAGACGGACGAGGCGCGGGCGGACCUUGCUCGGUUGGCUAUUAUCCGUGAGCAGAGAGAAGCAGAAAGGGCCCGUAAGCAGGCGGAGAAGGAGGAAGAAGAGGAGCGUAAGAAAGCGCGCGCUGAAGUGCUUGAGAGAGAGAGGAAAUUGCGCGAAGCUGCUAUGGGACCUGGUGCGAAGAAGGGAACUAAGAAAGCGCAGAAGAAAUAAAGGCCGCCCAACUAUAAAAUAAAUAGCAUUGGAGCC